UUUUAUAAGCCAGUCUUUUCUCUUUUGAUGCCUUUAAAAGCUUCCUUCUAGUCACAAAGUUUAUACAAAUUGAGCUAGAACAAUGUUAUUUAAAAUGCAGUUACUAGGAUUUUUCAUUACAAUAUUAAGUAUUAUUCUAAUCUUUGGUAGUGCAGGAAGUCUUGCUGCUGGUGUGUGCCCAAAAUCAAGAACAGGACGCCUUCGGUAUGGAAACUAUUGUCGGUAUGAAUGUCAUUGCGUAAACAAGUUGGAACAGUGUGACUUUUUAACUGGAGAUUGCAGCAGUGGAUGCGACUUUCAAUGGGUAGGGCCUGGAUGUCAAUUUUGGAACAUUGCAUACCGAAGGAAAGUGCGACAAAAUGUUAAUAAUCCCCCUUUUAAUUCAAAGUUGGCUAAUGAUAACAAUCUAACAACUUGUAGUAGUACAUUUUUCAAAAACUCAAUGCUACCAUGGUGGAAUCUUUGGAUACCGGAGUACACAACAUUAAGGAAACUUGAAUUUCUCACAACCAAGAGUCAUUUAAACGAUUUCAAGAAUUUUGAAGUUACAGUGUUCAAUACAACUGAAGAAAAUUUCAAAGAUAAAGGAAAUGUCACAGGAGGAGCAGUUUGUUAUCGAAAUAAUAACUCUGUACCACUGAAGAAGACUCGUAUAGAAGUCACGUGUCAUGGAUUUCCAGUCGGCAAUCUAAUACGACUUCAUACUGGCACAAGAAAACUUGUAAUCUGUGACUUUAGAGUUUACGACGGUUGCAAGAACGGAUUUUUUGGAAACGGGUGUGAGCGUUGCAGUGCAAACUGUAAUGAUAAUUUCUCCCCUGGACAACGCACAUGCAAUAUACAAAAUGGACGUUGCUUAAAUGGUUGUAAGUCUGGUUUGAUAGGUGACCGCUGUGAAACAGAAUGCGACGAAGGAUAUUAUGGAAAAGAUUGCAAAGAAUUAUGCAAUCGCACGUGUAAGAGAACAGAAAGAACAAUGUGCCAUAACGUAAAUGGUAUUUGUAUUGGUGGCUGCAUAGAGGGGUAUAUUGGAAAUUUCUGUGAAAUUGAGAAGUCAUCUAGCGAUACAGAUCUGAGUACAACAGAUAACGAAAUAACAAAGUUGAAACUAGUUUUGAUAAUUGUAGGAAUCUUUAGUGGGAUACUUAUUUUAUAUGUAACAGUUAUAAUAAUUUUGUUUAAACGUACGAUGGGACAUAACACUCAAAUUAAAGGAAAAGAGGAGACUGUUGGCCUGUCAAGUCAGAGGUCUUAUCUUAAUGUAGAUGAACCCAAUCGAUUACGCUCAGUUCGUAAUAAAGCGACAAUUAAAUCAACAUUGGGAGAACCGAGGUUAAACACAAUUGUUGUCGGCGAUGAAUCUCAUUACACAAACAUUGGUCUCCAAACAAAAACAGUCGAAACAACAUACGAAGAUAUUUAACUGACUUUAUUGUUAGAGAAUAUUUGAUAAAGGGUGUUUCAAAGGCGAUUAGUGCAUCUAUCAAUUCAUAUUUUGUGAUUUGAUGUGGAGGUCUAUCCGUCAUGAUAUCUUGAAUAUUUUUCUAAAUAUUCAUGUCAUCUCUUGAAAUAUGGAAACUUUGUUUCAUACUUAUACUAAGCAAAAAGCCGAUUGGCUACUUGUCUAAAAAACGUUAAUCAGAAUUAAAAUAAUUUAUCAUGUUUUGCUUUAUUAAUUUUUACAAAUAAUAAAGUGCUAGGCUCUGUACAAGCUUAUCGCUAGGAUCAUUUCAUUUGUUACAUGUAGCUUGUGUCAGUUUAUUCGCAUGCUUACAGAUACUGCCAGAUUGUGCCAAAGGAUUGUGAGUUCAAUUACUUAUAUGCGCGUUUUGUGAGCAAGAUGAGUUUGGAGUAUUUCCAAUGUUUUUAAGCGCUUGAUAAACCCCAACAUCUAGCUGACAUUCAUGGUGCAGAUAAAUUAAUAAAACUGUCGCACCUUUUUAGAAAUUAACCCAAUAUUGCAUUUCAUUGCAGCAAAUCACAAUUGAAAUGUGUUCAUUCAUUUGUCUUAAGCUUAUACAUAAUGUCAAUUAUUGAAUCUCAAUUCAUUUCAUGAUGUGAUAUGUUCUUUUAAAUUCCAUAUGUCGUUAUAUCAUAUCGAAUUGGUAUUCGUAUGUAACAUAAUUUCAUCUAUAAAAUCCUUAAUGUAUUCAACUGCUUUAUUCUUUAGACGACAUGCUCACGAAU